CCAAGGUUUUCCCUCUUCCUCUAACCUAUUUCAUCAUUCGUUUCUUCGAAUUAGGUUUUCAAGCGCUGAAUUGGGGUUCAAUUUUGAUAAGGGUUUCAAUUUCUCUGCAAAUUCUGUUUUGAUCGAUUUUUAAUUUUCUUUUUGUGUAUUAAGAAUGUUGAUGGAAUAUAAGGAUUGAAAAUGGUGUUUAUUAGUUUUAGGUUUUGAUGCUUGCAUUUUGUUCCUUCUUCAAGUUUGGAUUGACUGUAUUGGUGAAAUCUGUUUGGGGAAAAUGUAAAUUAGGUAUGGGCAUGGAUUCCCUAAUUUUCAGCGUUUUCUCCUUCGGUUUAUCUAGGUGAAUGGAUUUAGAGGAUUGUUGUUUUUAGAGUAGGGAAUAGAAAAAUAGAGCUAGUUGCACGCGAAGAGCAAUAGGAAGAAAGCUGUAUAGGUAGACAUUCAUCUUUACCACAUUGAUUCAACUCUAAUGCUUGCUUUCCUUUCAUAAAAUCGAUGUAGUAGUAUUCCCAUUUGUACAACAACCCUGUGGGUCAUCAUGGCUCACACUCACUCUUCCUUGUUGCUCUCCAGCACUCCGCGAAUCCAAUUCGCACCACCGUCCCUGUCAAUCCCAACCCUGAAUCCACCCUCCUCUCGAUUCUCCACCCCUCACCCCUUCAGAUUCAUAGGCCUCACUUCCAAACCCAGCAUCAACAAGCUCGUUUGCCAAGCUCAGAAAGCUUCAAUGGCGGCAGCGGUUGAGGUUUUCGAGAAGGAGGAGCUCGCGGCGUCUCUGGCCAAAUACGUCGCCGAUCUUUCCAAUAAGUUCACUGCUGAAAGAGGGGCUUUCACUGUUUGUUUGUCUGGUGGGUCUUUGAUCAGCUAUCUCCGGAAAUUGCUUGAGGCUCCUUAUGUUGAUUCUCUUGAAUGGUCUAAAUGGCAUGUGUUUUGGUUGGAUGAGAGGGUUGUGCCUAAGACUCAUGAAGAUAGUAACUACAAGCUUGCUUUUGAUGGGUUUCUCUCCAAGGUUCCGAUUCCACCCGGUAAUGUUUAUGCAAUUAAUGAUGCCCUGUCAGCUGAGGGAGCAGCUGAUGAUUAUGAGACAUGUCUCAGACACUUGGUCAAGAGCAAUGUGAUAACUUCAUCAGUCAGCGGAUUUCCGAAAUUUGAUCUCAUGCUGCUGGGCAUGGGCCCUGAUGGGCACGUUGCUUCUUUGUUCCCAGGGCAUCCUCUUGUGGAGGAGAAUAAAAGAUGGGUUGCCUUCAUCAAGGACUCGCCAAAACCACCACCAGAGAGAAUAACUUUUACCUUUCCGGUGAUCAAUUCCUCUGCUUAUGCUGCACUUGUGGUGACUGGUUCUGGUAAAGCAGAUGCAGUUCACUCUGUACUGCGUGGCGGAUCGCAAAACUCUAAUAAGCUUCCUGCUGCAUUGGUUUCACCUGAAGGGGAGUUGAAAUGGUUCUUGGACAAAGGUGCAGCCUCCAAGCUGUAGAUCCUCCAUGUAAGGUGGUUAAUCUAUAUGUUGUGCUAGUGUAUUUUUACCUUUACAAUAUUGAGUUUUGUAUGAGAACACAUAUCUAGUGCUGGAUCUCCUUAUCUCAGUGAUAGUUAACACCGGGGAGAUGAGUGUUUGUAUGUCUUUUGUAUUAGCAAUAAGAGGACUAGAGUGAAGAUACAGAGUGCAAUAAAAAGUUUGUUUGCUUCAAAA